GGCUGGUAUUGUGGCUUGUUUUGGUGGGAUCAUUCUACUUGAUAAACAAGGUGUCUCACCUCUUGGCUCCAGCACAUUGAACAUGUGCAACUAUUUCUUGUGCGCAGAACCAAGUAUCUUGUUAAGAAUUUUCUGCACUGAUAGGUCUCCACCUAUCCCCCUCUCCCUACUGUCUACCAUCAUCUUAUCUCUCUCUAGUGGCUGAUUAUAUCACAAGAAAUGGAUGCCUCAGCAACGGCAAAGGAUGCGCCACAGCAAUUCCCACCUACACCAGGAGCAGCGUCGCCCCUUAAGAGCCCUCGGUCACCCUGUUCACCAUCCAAGACAGCCGAGUUAUGGGACGGCUAUGAAAGACGAGCUGUUGAGAGGGCGAAAGAAAGAGACGAGCUGAUGCAUGAAACGCAUGAACGAAACGACUGCUCAACUUCACGAACAAGUUUUGAUUUUAGGUUUAAGCGGGCGCAAACUACGAUUCCAUCUACUACAACAUCUGGUUGUAAAUUUUGCGGGCGUCCCAUCAUAUACGCCUCUGCUAUGUGCGAAGGUUGCUUCAAACGCACCGUGGUUUCACCUGGCAAUGAAGAGAUUGCAACACCUCUCGGUGCUGCUGGACACAACAUGGCGGUUUCAGGCCUUUGCCAAAUUCCUUCAAGAGAGGAAAUCAUCACACCAACAUAUGCCUUACCCAAGCGCGCAUCGUUCUGUCCACUACCAGCACACCUGACCGACGCCUCGACACGCAUCUCGUCAACACAGCCAGGAUCUGUAGGCCGCAGAAAGAAAUCACCCAGCGAACCUACGCAGCCAAGUCUCCAACUGCAAAUAACAACAUCAACAUACACGUCGAGCUCGCAGGACAACUCACCUCCCAUGACACCUACAUCCCCAUCAGGCACCGCGCACUCGCUGAACUCGACGCGGCGGUCAAGUCUAGCCAACGUAACUAUGCUGCCCAAGCCUCGCUAUCCGCAUGCACGCAAUGAUAGCGGCACACCCUCUGAGUUCAGCACGCUCUACCGAACCAUGUCAACGACGACGACGCCACCAGCGAGUCUGCACCGGUUCGGAUAUCCGCUGCAAAACACGACAAGCGCAUGGGAUGACUGGGACAGCGACGAGGAAGAAGAACAGGGAGAAGGAGAAGAAGAACGACCGGGCCUAUCGUCGUGGAUGGGACGCCGCAAGAUAAGGAGCCGCAAUGGUGGCGGGGCUGGUGGUGGUAGUAGUAGUGGUGGUGGUGGCGGCGGCAAAACCAGCAUGGAUCAUUACGACAGCUCUGGCGAGGAGACUCGGGAGAAGAUGACCAUGACGCGCAAGAGCAGAGAUGAUCGCGUGGAGCAGACUCGAGUCGAGUCUGUGAGAGGUGCCAGUGUGCGUGUUGAGCGGCUUGUUGAACCGAGUCGAGAUAGCAAGGUGAAGAAGCCGAGUGGGUUUGUGAGGGCGUUGAGUUGUGGAUGUGGUACUACUGAGUGAAGACUUUUUUUCUCUCAUCUUUCUUUCGUCCUCUUCCUUCUUUUAUCGUCUUCUUCUUUUUUCUUUUGUUACACGAUUACUUUUACCGUUCUUCGGGCUUUUUUUCCCUUUGUCUUGGGCAGGGGGGCUACUUCUUUUUAUUUUCCUAUGUCAUGGGCGUUUGGGGAUACAUGGUAGGGAGGAAUACUCUUCUUGGAUAUAUACCCUCAUUGUGUAGUGGUGUGUUGGAAGGAGUAGAGAGGUGUUCUUUCUUCUUCUUCUCCUUCUCACCCUAGGCUCGGGAUGGGUCACUUGUAUUACUAUUAUUUAACCUAUUAUUGUCGAUGUUAUUACUAUACAUACUUCUACUAUUACGCGGACUGCAUACCCGGGGG